CAUGUUUUUUUUUUUUCUUUUUCUGUUUAUUUUUUCAACAGGAGCUUUUUGUCAUCCUGUUCCAAUCUAGAUUGGUUACUGUCUAGUUUUGCUACCCUCUUGUCUUCCCAGAAUUUAACUGUCGUCUGGGUUGUCUCCAAUUCUCUCUGGGUUCCCUGUCUUUUGUUUUGCUGGAAUUCCUCAGAUAACUUCCCAAGAAUAAUUCAUUUGAUAUAAAUUUCUAAGUCCUAGUAGUAGCAAUCAGAUAAUACAGUAAAAGUAGACUCUUAAUUUUUAAAAAGGGAUUUAUUUGAAAGAUAAUGGGGUGCUUACAGACUCAGAGAUUAUGGAUGAACCCAGUUCAGAAAACACAAGGCAGCUCCAGAGGGGGUAUAGCAAAAAGUACUUAUUAAUCUUGUUUGGAAUCUGCCACAAGAAUCAACUUUCACUAUCAUGAGUCUUUUGAUCACCAUACUCAGGAUUCCCACUCCAGGAAAGGGGACCCUACUUGUUCUAGCUUGGAUCAUACGCUUGCUACUUGGCUAUGGAAAGGCAGGUACCUUGAUUAACAGUCCCACGAGACUACAAAAGGAGGGCAAGUCCCCCAAAAUAAAAAACUCACUGUCAAAGACGGGUGGAAUGGAUGCUGAUCAGCCAGAAUACAACAUAUGGUCAUUAUACUUUGCAUGAGUAAAAUGUCUUUAUUUUGUUCUCAUACUUUCUUUGAUUAUAGAAUUAUAGAUUGAAAUCAUUUAUUUUUCCUUUAGGACUCUGAAAGCAUUGCUCCCAUUUUCUUCCGUCAUUCAAUAUUGCAGAUAAGGACCCAUGCCAGUCUGAUUCUAUUCCUUUAGUGGGAACUUCUCUCCGGAAGUUUUUGAGAACCUUUAUCCUUGUUCUGAAAUUUCAUCAGGUGGGACCCGAUCUACAACUGGGAAGACUUAAAUAAAACACUUGAGUUAUGUGAGAAAAUGGUCAGAAUAACAAUGACUGAAAGAAGGACGUAUAAAUGCAGAGGAAACAGAUUUGAGAAACGUCAAGAUGUCCAGUAGUUAUAUCUGGUUGUUGAUUUAUGGGUAAUUAAUUUCUCUGUAUUUGUUUUUAUUUUUCACAUGUAAUAAGCACUGUUAUAGCCAGCAAAAAAUUACAAAAAAGUCAAAGUCAUCCUUUCAAUCAGCCCAUUCCCUUGCCCCCUCUCCUCCUGACUAAACAGAAGCCUAGUGCAUAAUUUGUUUUUCAGGGAGAAGAAUCCCUUUCAUUCCACUGUUACAGAUAAAUCACCUACUGUGGGAGUAGUCAUGGUACUCACAUCAAAGUGUAAUUCAUCAGUGACUGUGAUUGAAAGCAGAUCCUUUACUGUUUCAUAAGUGAGGAAACAUCACAUGGGGGCAAAUGAGGAAAAGAAAACUAAGGGGUUGCUGGGAGAAAAUAAGGCAAAUAUCAACUGCUUCAUCAUUCUUUUUAGAGCCUUCAAUGUGUACCCUCAGUAUUGCUCAGACUUUUUUUUAAUGUGUAGCAGUGUUGCUAUGGUAACUGAAAGCUACAACUUCUUCCAUUAAAGCUUUAUCACCUUCCCUAGUGGGAAACGGAAAGAGAGCUCCAAGUUUCUGGGAACUGAGUCUUUAUAAGGAGAGAUAUUUUGUUGUGUUUUGUGCACUAUUUCAGGUUCUUCUUCAGGUCAAGGUCACCAGAAAGGGUGAGAGAGAUAUAUUUCUGAUGUGGGCUCUUCCAGGAAUAGAUUAAACCCAGACACCAGACAUAUUUCAUGAUAUGAGGGUAAAGCAGGUUUUACAUGGCCAUGUGAAGGGACUUCUGAAGGACAACCCGAGUAUAAAACAGGUUUUAUUGUCAUCAUUAUCAAAAAGUUAUGUAUCAGCCCCUGUGACCAUUCAUGACUAGUCAGGGUGCUGGGUAAGACAGAAAGGUUCAACCUCAGCUCACUCGGUACUUAGUCAAAGGCAGCCUUAGUGAGCACAUACAACCACAUUAAGGACAGUCACACAACACGAAUACGGAGGACAAAUUGGCAUGCCAUUCAGUCUCACUGUCUCUGUGCAUCCACAGCUCAUUCCUAACUUUGUGUAUUUGCUUGUCUUGUUUACCUGUCAAUAAGGCCUUCUCUAUUUUUUUUAAGUCCCACUCUUCCUUCAAGACCCAGUUAUGAAGCUUCUCCUCUUUGACAGAUUGCCUCCUUUUAAACCUCAUUGUAUGCAGUUAGCAUGAGCUUUUAGCAUUUAUGUUUUUCCCCAGGCAUUCAAUGAUCAUAUGAUAAUUGAAGUAUUUUAUAGAUAACAGUAUGUAGGUUUCUGAUCCUAUCUAGAUGAAUGUUAUAUUAAAGAUGGUAGGUUUGCAGAAACUCCACCUCUCAUCAGUUUUUAAAGAGAGUGUCCUGUGGUGCUCUGAAAGAGGCAGUUAGUUGGAAAUUCCAACUGCCUUUCCUUUAGAUUUUCUAAGCAUGCUUCUGUACUUGGUAGCUGCUGAUUGGCUGUUACCAAAGGUGACUAGAGUGCUAAGCCAGUCAACAGGGAAAACUCGGCUCCUGACUUUGGGUCUUUCUACUCAGUCUAUAUGGAAGAAAACUUAGACAAAAUAUAAAAAAGAAAAACAUAACUAGUUGGGCAUCUCCUAAAGAGGUAAUUACAGUAAAAAAUAUUAAAAUAAGGACUCUGCUAGAGUAUGAAUUUAUAGUGUGAUCACUAUUCCAUAGUUAUGGAGUAACUACAAAUGAACCAACUGGGGGAGGAGAUAGGUUCCUUCAAUGGGGCAAUUCCCAAUGUUUAUUUGGUGCCAGAGAAGAGAAAAUGCCCAGAUACAUGACUUGUAUCCAAUAAUUGUGUAAAACUUAUAAUAAUUACAAAGGAAUGAUAACUGGGGGUAAUUUAACUGCUAAGUAGGUCAGUAGGGAAGUGUGAUGAGGAUAAUGAAGUUGCUGCAGUGUAUAGAGAUAUGGAAUUCAGAGGUAAUGCUUGUCAAGUGCUUAUUCUGUAUAGAAUAACUGUUAGACGUUUUCCGGUAUUUUUCAUUUAAUUCUCACAACACUGUGAAGUGCCUGUCAUCCCAAUUUUACUGAAUAGAAUAUGAACUCCAAGAAGUUAAAUAGCUUGCUAAAAAUCAAAUAUUUCGAUGGACAGAGUUCAUCUUAGGCUAAAGUCUAUGUCUUUAAUCAUGAGCUGAAAGUUGAAAGAAGAUAGUAUCAAAUAAGGAAACGUUGUAAUAUUGAAGGGAAAAUAAGAAGAAUGAGACUGGAACUAUGCCCCAAAGAGUUAAAGAAACCAGUAGGUAGCAGAAAUUCUUGAGCUUGCAGGAUGGCAGAUAGCAAAGCUUGCAGAAUAAGCUUGCUGACAUUAAAACCAGAAUUUCCACCACAUACUUCAUACUAACUCUCUCGAAUUUGCACAGGUGACCCAUGAAGAGGCAUAAAGAUUCUAAUAAUGGUGUUAUGUCAUUUAAUUUGAACGUUCAGCAAAGUGAUAUAAGAUUUUUCUGGUAAAGGCACUAUUUUCAGAGUUUAACUGUGAUAAUGUCUCCACGUAAUGUUAAAUUCAUUCUUACACCAAAAAUAUGCUUGAGCAUUGCACCAUGCUGAUAGAAUUUUAAUCUACUAUUUGUUUCCUCUUACCUUGUGAAAACAAGUUGUUUUCUAAGAUGAUUUUUUAAAAUUCACUAAAAACCUUCAGUUCUCCCCUGUUAAUGUAAUAAGAAUGAAUUCAAAAAUCAAACUGUUUGAGCUUUCUACUGUCAAUUAAAUGUAUUUAAUAAGCAAGUCAGUUUUGAUGAAGGAAAAACACCAGUUACAUUUAAUUUACCCAGCAAUUGUCAGGAACAGCACAAAGAUCUGAGAUUCUGUUCCACUUAGAUUUGGCAAGUUAGUCUGUUCCUGUUUUCUUGGAUGCUGGCAAAAGACACAAGACUCCUAGGUCAGAGUAAAAGGACUUUAUUACUAACAGCAAAAGCAGUAGUCAGAGUGUCCACACGUUGCUCACUCUAGUACCCUCUGUCCCCCAAGUUCCUUGAGAGGUGAAAUUCAUCAUGGAUGCCGUGUUAGUUUGCUAGGGCUGCCGUAACAAAGGGCCAUACACUGGGUGGCUUAAACAACAGAAAUUUAUUUUUUCACAGUUCUGGAAACUAGAAAUCUGAGAUCAAGGUGUUGGUAGGGUUAAUUCCUUCUGAGGGCCAUGAGGAAGGAUCUGUUCAUGCCUCUCUCCUAAGUUUAUAGGUGGCUGUCUUCUUCCUGUGUCUUCACUUCAUCUUCCCUCUGAAUGUCUUCCCUCUGUGUCUUCACUUCACCCUCCCUAUGUCCAAAUUUCCUCUUCUCUGAGGAUACCAGUCCUAUUAGAUGAGGGCCCACCCAAAUGACUUUAUUUUCACUUCAUCACCUCUUUAAAAAUCCUGUAUCUAAAUAUGAUUGCCUUCUGAGGUAUGGAUGGUUAGGACUUCAACUUCAGAAUUUUCGGGGUAGAAAAUUGAGUCCAUAACAGAUGCUUAUACACAUAGUGGAGUGCAUUACAGGAGAGGUACAGUGAGAUUAGGCUAUUCACCAUGGAAACAAGCCUGCUGUUGUCCGGGAUGCCUUACCUCAUCCCUCAAGACUGAUGGCUGGAAACACAAGCCUGAGAUGAACAGCAUCCAGGGCUUUGCAUUCUUGGCACACUCAACGAGAACUCAACUCAGGACCAUGUGAAUUGUCUUCCCCAAAAGCAAUGUCCUCAAAAUAUUAGAUUAAGUUACAGCUGUAUCAUCCUUAGAGUCUUCAUCAAUUCAGGCUCUGUUUUACAUAGCUGUGUAAUUGAUCUCACCUCUCCAAAAGUUACCUACACUGAAGGAAAACCUGAGCCACAUCUCUUUUUCUAGUUUGUAAUAAUUAUACUUAUAAAUUUACCUUUAAUACCAAGUAGGGAGUAAAUUUAGAGCUUAGUCAACUGUUGUGUUGUCUGCUUUUGUCACAUAGUGUGAAAUAUUAAGAAUAUUAAGUUGAGAUUAUUUCUUUACUACUUUGUAGUUGUUUAUAGCAAAAGGAAUUCAAAAGUAUGUUCAGAGUAAUUGAAGAAAAUAAUUCUUAUUUAUUCCAACAGAUGGAAUUGCCACUUAUAUAUGUUUCAGUUUUGCUUUUGAACAUAUUUGAAUUUUCAUCAGGAAUAGUAUAUAAUAAAGGUGAUACAGAGAAACGCUUUGCAUGUUCUAGCAAAGGGUACCCUCAAGAGACUGAAAUAAUCAAGUUAUUUCUUUUCUCAGGAAACUUGAAAAUCCAGUGUUUCUUCCAAACUGAAAAUGAAAUUGCAUCACAAGGAAUGCUAAGUGUGUUCACAUCAGGAGGACUGGCUCCCAGCUUGGGAAUCAUUAAUAGUACAUAUAAUGGCAUCUUCCACUUUAAUUUAACGUUGUUCAGUGAUCGGAUUUUCUGGUUGGUUGAUAUUCCUAGAGAAAACAUCACACAAAACACAGAUAUUGCAGCUGUAGAAGAAUGGUUGGUAAGGAUCACUUUACAUCAUGGACUAAAUAUUUAUGCUACUGAAGGAACUCUAUUGGAUCGUAUUCGAGAACCGAUUCUUCAGUGGGCUCCUGGGGUUGAGAUUCCAGCAAGUGAGAUGGGUAAAAUAUAUCCACAUGUGGUAGAUCUCAAAGUGACAAAAUGCCCCUGUGCCAAUGACGUGGCAUUACUGGGCUUCGUUAUGGAUGCACUACUUGAUGGUGUUUACGUAGGCGUAACCUUUUGUGGAUUCUGGCAUUAUUCUGAUACCACAUGGUUUAACAUGACAGAGGCUAUCUAUUCCCUACUUGAAGGAGAACAUGAAGACCUUUCAUUGGUGGAUAUGGUUUUAACAAAUCAUUUUUUAGUCGUCCUCACCUCUUUGGGCCUUUUUAUAAGUGACGAUCUUCGUUAUCCAUCACACCGCAUUUUAUCGUUUUCCAGAGCAGACUUUUGUGGUUUUGAAAGGGUUGACUAUGUGAAAGGAAAAUUGUGGUAUAGUGAAAGAUGUUUUGCUAACAGAGAGCACUUUGAAGUUGAUUAUGUUACAGUCACCUUUGAGAGAAACAGAACCCUAAGUGAGUCAAGCUCUUGUUUUUAUAGUCAGGAACCACUUCUUGAAUGGGUACCCUGCUUACCUUACGUUUUUAAAGGAAUGAAAAGUAUUCCAAGAGUGCUAACAUUUCUUGUUGACCAAGAGCAUGGUACGGGAGUUUUCCUCUUCCAUAACAAGGUUAAGAAAACUGCCGUUGUCUCUGUGAGCAUCCUGAGAAAUAAGGAACCAAGUGCACAAGCAAAAUUUCCAAUUUUUCGGUUUCCUCCAUCAUUCUCUUCUCCCGUUGGAAUGGUAUUUCAUCCCCGAAGCCACUUUUUAUAUGUUUAUGGCAAUCAGAUAUGGCUUUCAGUCGAUGGCGGCAGCACCUUUCAAUUAGUAGCUGACUUUCAUGAUGAUAUCAUAAAGAAGUCUUUUCAUAGUUUUUAUACAUCAGCUAUUACUUUUGUUUCUCAACGUGGAAAGGUUUACUUGACAAAGGCAGGAAUGGGAAGACACGGUGCAGUUGGAACUGUUAAAGAGAGAAUUUUCACAUUAUUCUAUGAUCACUUGGGAUUCCUACAUAAGCUGACUCCCGGUCACUUUGAAGCUAGUGGACCACCCACAGCCUUUGGAAAUUCUAGAAAUCUUUUUGGACAGCCUCCAGAUAUGGGCUUUGAGACUGCGCUUGCCCCACAGCACACCUCUUUAGAUGAAAUUAUCUUUUUUGCAUACGUACCUGAGAACGAACCACAGGAAACGAUCUACAGCAAGAAGUUCAACAAUAUACACUACGGAAAAGUGAUACACUCUGGGAAAACUGGAAGAGCUCACAUAAGAAAGGUAUUGCAACAUACCAUUCCUAAAGGAUUUUUGUCCUCAGUUAUUGCAGAAAUGAAAGAGCCUUUUGGAUUAGAAGAAGUGAAUGAGAGCUCUUGUUUGUCUAGUUCCCUUUUGAUUAAUAAAGCUGGAAAUGUCUAUAAACUCACUCUUGAUUCACAAGUUGUUCAGGCCUUGUUUGAAAAUACAGAUAUAGAGAAGACUGUAGUGCUUCCUGGGUACAGCAGCUUCCUCAUCACAAGCAUUUUAGAUAAUAAGAAUGCAUUAGCCAUUGCUACCAUGCCUGAAAAUGCACCCAACAAUAUGACCUUUCUAAAGAACACAUGGUUCUUAUACAACUUUGGGCAAAGGAAUGGGCGAACAUGGAAAAUAUAUUCAAAACCAUGUAAUUAUUGGUUUCAAUAUGAUGAUUCACCAUCCCUCAACAUUGUGAAAUACAUUGAUCUGGGAAACUCUCAUGUUUUAAAAGUUAAGGUCAUACGGAAUUCAAAAGGUUUUCGAAUGCUUGAAAUACCACUACUGACUGUGUUUGUUGGAAACCCUAAUUUGUUGGAAGUUAAAGCUGAAGCUGCUUUUGAUGAUACUGACAGUUAUCUAAUAGCAAUUUCUGCAGCUAGCAAAGUUUUACAACAGGGUUCAACUUCAAUGGCAUUUAUUAUGUGGUCAGCCUCUGUUGAGUGCUUUGUUACGACCAUGGUGCCAACACUGAAAAGCAGCUGUAGUUAUCUCAGAUCUAUGCAUCACAUUCCUAGCAAAUUUAUCCCAUCUGAAGACUGGAUUAGUGGAGUUCAUAAAGACAGUCAAGGUUUUAACCUCAUCAAAACUUUGCCGAUAAACUACAGGCCUCCAUCUAAUAUGGGAAUUGCUAUUCCACUCACAGAUAAUUUUUAUCAUGCAGAUCCUAGCAAACCCAUACCAAGAAACCUGUUUCACUUGUCAAAGAAAACUGGUAAAUUCAAACAGUGUGCUAAUGUUUCCACUCGGGAGGAAUGUAACUGCACAAAGGAUCAGAAGUUUUCACAUGCUGUUGCUUUCUCAGAUUGCAGGGAAAAAGUUCCUCGCUUUAAGUUUCCAAUUACACAAUAUCCAGUUUCUUUGGAAAUUAUCAACGAGGAUGGACGUGUCCCAUUGGAAUCUCCGUAUCUGGUUACUGUGACUGAAGUGAACAUGAGGCAAAACUGGAAACUGAAACACACUGUGCCAGAAAAGAUUAAAAAAAUGAAAAAAUUUGUAGAACCAAUUGUUGGUGCUGCAGUGUAUAAUCCUUCAGGUCUCAACUUAAGCAUAAAGGGCUCUGAACUUUUCCACUUUAGAGUGACCGUCAUUUCAGGAGUCACUUUUUGUAACUUAAUUGAAGAAUUUCAGAUUUAUGUUGAUGAGGCACCACUGCCCUUCCCAGGACACACGCUUAUUGCCGUGGCAACAGCGGUAGUGCUAGGGGGAUUAAUUUUUAUGGCAUUUAUGUUUCAACUGCAUGGCAUCCAUCCGUGGAAGACAUUCCAAAACUGGAUUAGAAGAAAACAAGCGAAGUUUUCAAGUAUCACUCUCAGUGAGCUGAUUCGUAGAUGAAAGUCUGAAGAGUGAAUACAUAGUCAUCAUAAUUUCUCUUUAUUUUCUAGUUUUAUCAUACAAUUCCAAGAACAAUAUGCUUAAAUGUUAAAUGUGCAAGCUACAUAAAAUCCUACAGAAUUGUCAUUAUAAUUCAAAUUGCUACUUGUCAAUAUAUUCACCAUUCCCUUUUCUUAUUUUGAAUACAUAGAAAAUGUCUUAUGCCAGGGCUUAUGUUGAAGAUUUUCCUUGAGGUUUUUAGAAAAGUAUAAAAUGAUAACCAACUCGACAUGGAACAGGUGUUCUGUGUUGUUCACCUUAGUGCCUGGAGCCCAUUCUGUGGGGUCAGAAGCCCUGAGCUCUGCUCCUUCAAGAUAGCAUUUGAGUAGAGUGCAGUUAUGCCAAGGUGAGGUAGGCGUGAAGACGGCGGAUCAGCAGAAGUGUUUUCAGAGCCUUGUGGGAAUGAAAGAGGAAGCCAUUCAAGUUUCUUCUGGCAACUUCAAAACCAGAUUGUCGUACCUAGAGAGGGAAAUGUGACCCCAUCAUUAGGGUGUUAGAAGAAUGCGGUAUCUGAGCAGGGUAUUGGUUUACAAACCUACAUGCAGCAUGGAGAAUUCCAAAAGCUGUAUCUCUGUGUGCUCUCAAAGUACCAGUCCCCAGGUAGUCGGAAGAUGACCAUAACAUUCAGAGAUCAGAGCCUCAUGCUCCCUGGAAAAGCUCAGGAGGGGAGCACACUGUUUUGAAACAUAAGGGAAGGAAGCAUCCAAUCCAGGUCUGAGACCAUCUAUCAUUAAAAUUCCUUAGAGAGGGCAGUGCAGCAAGUGGGCAAGAGAAUCAGACUCCAGAGCCAGACCUCCUGGGUUUGCCAUUUACCAGAUAUGUAACUUUGGCAAGUUAAUUUAUUUGUGCAUGAGUUGCUUCACCUAUAAAAUGGGAAGACGUUAACACCUACCUAAUGAAACAGGAAAUUUUCCUUGACCCCUUCACAGGCCUUGUGACAGGGAUGCCUCACUUAUUCAGCCUGCAGCUCUCAACCCCUCAUGGGAGGGGGAGCAUGCAGGUGAGCGGGUGUAGGAGCCAGAGUGAGCACUUUUGGGUGCCAGCAGGAGCAAAACUCCAUGUAGGCCCCAAGGCAGCAUCUAGGAAGGAGUAGUCAUGAUCCCCAAAGUCGCAGAAGGCGUAUGUUACAGUGCUCUUUUAACUCUGCUGUCCAUGGAUGGCUUAAGUGUUAAACAGCUCAGUGGGCUCUCUGCCUUUUUGUGGGAGGCAGUUGCUCUUUGGCAGCGAGGGCAGAGGGUCAAUGUGACAGCUUUUAGUGUCCACACCCAUGGUACCCAAGCUCUUGUUCAGUGUCUAGGAAAAAUCAGUUUGCAUGAACAAAUUGAAGGGUGGUGAAUGUGGAGGAUUUUAUUGCUGAUGGAAGUGGCUCUUGACAGGAAGGAGAGUUGGAAGAGGGCUGGAGCAGGAAGGUGAUCUUCCCCUGGAGCGCUGGAGUCUGGUCAUCCCUGGCCAGACUCCUCUCUGAAGCAACACCGUCAAACCAUCCCUCUGAAGUCAAGCUGCUUGUCUCUGACGUCAGACCACAGUCUCCAACGUCCAGCUGCUUCUCUUCUUCUCCCCUUCUCUGCUCUCUGCCAGUCGGGUAAUGGGUUUUUAAUGGGUACAGGAUUGGGGGUGGGGCAGGCCAUGUGUGGUUUUGGAAAAGGCAAUAUUUGAGUAGGAAAACAGGAAUGCAUGUUCUCACUUUGGGCCAUGGUUCCAAGCUUGAGGGUGGGGCUUCUCCAGGGACUCUGCCCUUUUCUGCCUAGAAUUUCUCUGCCUCCUGUCCCUAUCACUAACAGGGUUCUCAGGAGGAUCAAAUGAAUGAAUAUGUGUUAAAUAUUUAGAACAGGACCCGUUUACAGUGUGUGUGAUAAGUGUUGGUUGUAAUUGAUGCUGCUGCCCCUGCUGAUGUGUUUAGGUCGUAAGUAAUACAGAGAUUUUUGUCUAAUUAAAAUAACAAGGGAGAUGCACUGAACAAACACUACAGAAUGUCAGAUAUACAAAGCAAAGUCUAAAUCAGUUUUUGUCAUGGGCAGGAAUGAGGACCAUCCUGGGGACCUAGGAAAUGAGCGUUUGUUAACUCCUCAGAGCUUCCCUUGGACCAGGGGUCUAGAGAUAGAGUAUAGCAUAGUGGUUAAAAGUAUAGGCUCCAAAAUCUAAAGCCUGGGUUUUUUUUCUCUUAAUAAACUUUGUUUAAUGUUAGAAUAGUUUAAGAUUUACAGAAAAGUUGUGAAGAUGGUGCAGAGAGUUUCUGUGUAAAACCCAGAAAACGUUGUUACUGGGCCCUUAAGCUGUGUGCUUGG